AUCAUCUAUCUAGUGCGUUGGACUUGAGAGGAUGAUUGCGUGACAGGCGAUGACAUUAACAUCGAAACAAACCCAAAAUAAAGAAAAAGAAAAAUUCACCAACCCGUCAAUGUCAACUAAGGCAAGUCAUAAACUUGCAGAGGACGGGCAACAUCUUCCAAAUAAUCCCACGCAACAAGGAUUACAACUCGUCUCUCAAAUGGCCACCACUCUAUCCAAAGACUCUUGUCCAAAUCCGUCAUGGUUCACUCCCAAAAGGCUCAUUACCUUAGUUUUUCGGGUCCAGGCUGCUCUUCAUGUUUUGUGUGAUUAACAUGGUAAAUUACGUGGAUCGUGGAGCAAUAGCAAGCAAUGGUGUGAAUGGAAGCCUGAGAACUUGUGAUGACGAAGGAAUAUGCACUUCUGGUAGCGGGAUUCAGGGUGAUUUUAACUUGAACAACUUCCAAGAUGGUGUACUAUCAUCAGCUUUUAUGGUUGGACUGCUUGUGGCUUCUCCAAUAUUUGCUUCCUUGGCAAAGAGCCAUAAUCCUUUUAGGCUUAUUGGAGUUGGAUUAUCUGUUUGGACUUUUGCGGCGGCUGGUUGUGGUUUCUCAAUUGAUUUUUGGUCUAUUGCAAUAUGCCGCAUGCUGGUUGGUGUCGGUGAGGCUUCCUUCAUAAGUCUUGCAGCUCCAUUUAUAGAUGACAAUGCUCCUCCUGCUCAGAAAACAGCUUGGCUUGCAAUGUUCUACAUGUGCAUUCCUACCGGAGUUGCUGUUGGCUAUGUAUACGGUGGAUUAGUUGGAAACCAUUUGAACUGGCGCGUUGCAUUUCUGGGGGAGGCUAUUUUGAUGCUUCCAUUUGCUAUUUUGGGUUUUGUAAUGAAACCUUUGCAAUUAAAAGGAUUUGCUCCUGCUGACUCAAAAAAAGCUAUGGCAUCCGUUCAAACGGCUGCAUCUGUAUCAGAAGAUUCAGAAGCUUCAGUUAUUGGUGAUGAUGUGCCAAUUGGAAUAGAAGCUAUCCAUAAUCAAGGCUCUGGCAAAUUGUCAAAGUUGACAGGUUUAUCCAUUUUGAAUCAAUUCUCUCGAUUUGCAAAAGAUAUGAAAGUCCUUUUGUGCGAUGAAGUUUAUGUUGUAAAUGUUCUAGGCUACAUAUCCUACAACUUUGUGAUUGGAGCAUACUCAUAUUGGGGACCAAAGGCUGGUUAUAAUAUCUAUCACAUGAGUAAUGCAGAUAUGAUGUUUGGAGGCAUAACGAUUGUUUGUGGAAUUCUGGGAACAAUAACUGGAGGCCUUAUUCUUGAUCGCAUGAGUUCAACAAUCUCAAAUGCUUUCAAGCUUCUUUCUGCAGCAACGUUUCUUGGUGCAAUUUUUUGCUUUUCUGCUUUUUGUCUAAAAGGCUUGUUUGGUUUCAUAGCUCUAUUUUCAGUGGGUGAACUACUAAUCUUUGCCACACAGGCUCCAGUUAAUUAUGUAUGUCUCCAUUGUGUCAAACCAAGUUUGAGACCAUUAUCUAUGGCUAUAUCUACUGUUUCCAUUCACAUCUUUGGUGAUGUGCCUUCCUCACCACUUGUUGGCGUCUUCCAGGAUCAUGUUAACAAUUGGAGGAAAACUGCACUUGUUCUGACAUCAGUAUUUUUCCUUGCUGCUGGAAUAUGGUUUAUUGGAAUUUUUCUGAAGAGUGUGGACAGGUUUGAUGAAGAUGGUGAAAAUCAAGCAUCCGCACAUUCAAAGGCCAACUUGAAGCCAUUGCUCAGUGGAGAGGACCAAUGUGUUGAGGCAUAAAUUCUUCAUUCAUGAUUUCAGUUGCAACUUUGCCUACAACUUUAUAACAUGCAUAAUCUGAAAGGAAUGACGUGUUUUUAUUUUGUUGCCAGUGCCUUAACUGGUUAAUGAAGUUGGGAAUUCGAUUGAGGUUAGUUUCUUUAGGCUUUAUACCAGUUUGUAACAGAGUCAAAUGUACAAUGAUAUGAUCUUGUUGGGAAGCAACCUCUGCUCAUGUAAUUAGUUGAAUAGAAUAUGUUCCCGCUUAGAAGAGCUUCAAAACUCUUUGAUCUUACUGGUAUGAGUUCUGGUGCUGCUUUGAAGUGUUGUGAUGUGAAGCCCCUUUGUCAAUCAUCUUGUUGGAACGAUAAAGAUUGGCUUACUCCCACAUGUGAAUAUUACUGAUAUGUAAGACUAUUUGUACAAAUCCAUGUGAAGUCAGAAAAUGGGAGUUAAAGUUGUAGGGUUUUCAGAUAUAGUAUGUUAUGUAUCUGAUAUAAUUCAGCACUUUUUUCUGGGUUUUUAUUUUAUUUUUUUUAAAUUGUCCCAAACAACAUUGUACAUAUGCAUUAGUUUCUAUGACAAAUCACCGUUCAUCAUGAAA